CCCAUCAUAUAAUGCGCCAGUCCCGAUCCGUUGCUAGGCUGGUUGCUAAGGGAAGCCCAGGUCCAACAGAUAUCGAGUUUCCGCCUUUGCUGUCAAAGUUUGUCUCAUGUCGUUCUUGGAAGUCGCCUUGGCAAACAUGCCUGCGCCCACGGAGUCCACGCCUGGCACCAAAAUCAUACAGCCCCGUCGUCACAAGGGACGGGUAGUCGUGUGGGAGGACCUGUCUGUCAACCACAUGGAUGCCAUCGACCAGGCGACCACACCUGACGAACUAAGGAGCAUCCUGGGCCAGAUUUUCGGGAUGUCAGACCACCGAGAUAACCUGAAGAACGGUGUCCUGAUGGACCUGUUUGUGUACACCAUCCUGCACGCUCGCAGGCAGGGCUUCAACAAGGAGCAGACCUCCGCUUUCUUCUCCAUUGUCAAGAGAACUCAUGCUGUCUGCGUAGAAACGCCAUUUGGAAACGUCCAGGAAUGUUACAAUUACUUCACAGAACUGCUCCUCUGUCAUGGCACCAAGAGACCUCCCUUCAGCGUUGACCUGUUUGAUGCAGACCAAGUCAGGAACAUCACGGAUUACGUCGUCAACACCUACUUCAGACACUUCAAACUCUACAAAUAUGUCUUCACACCAAAGGUUCAGCUGGACCUAACCAUGAAGUAUGUGGGGAUCCCAGAGACUCCACAGCCUGAAGAAGAAGAACAGAAGGAGGAGGAGCAGCCUGGUCCUGAUGCUGAGGCAGCAGAGCAGCAGGAGGAGCCACAGGAAGUAGAAGUUGCCCCAACAGAACCAGAAAAAACAGAGGAGACUGAACCUGAAGUUGAGUCCCCCCGUAAGAAGGAGCUACGAUCCCUGAUCCAGUCUCAGCUGGCCAGCCAAGUCAAGGAGCUGCGGCAGUCCGUGGACGAGCAGCUCAAGAUCAACGACCAGGUCCUCACCCAGAAACUGGCAUCGCUGGGGGAGGGGGACUCCAGCAAGGGGGGCCGGACGUCCAGUAGGGGAGGAAAGAGGAAGUAAACUUCUGUUGCGAAAAUUAUUUCGUUCUGUCAAUGUUGUUUGUGUUUGUACCUCGUAAUGUGACAGCCAAGAUUAAUGACCAGGUCCUGACCCAGAAACUGGCAGCGCUGGGGGAGGGUGACUCCAGUAAGGGGGGCAGGACUUCCAGUAGGGGAGGGAAGAGGAAGUAAACUUCACUAAAAAUUGUUCUGUCUCUUACAUGUUUGUUCCUUGGUUAGUUUGUCCCUCGUUAUGUGACAGCCAAUAUUAAUGACCAGGUCCUGACCCAGAAACUGGCAGCACUCGGGGAGGUGGACUCCAGCAAGGGGGGCAGGACAUCCAGUAGGGGAGGGAAGAGGAAGUAGCCUUGUGGAACCCUUGGAUUUAAUUUGGCCAUACUGGUUUGAUUAUAUGUAUGACAUCCUCUCGGUACCCCAGGGUGAUGUAAGGAUGCAAAAAAAGAAAAGUUGGGCAAAAAAUAUGGGCCUUUAUUAUGAAAUUUAAGUGUUCGAGAAGGAUGAAGGACUUAAAACACAGAACGUAAUGGAUUCCUAAAUUUUGUUUGCUUACGUCCUUUCAAGACUUGCUCAGGAUUCAAAAUACAUUUUUAAGCUUGACAAAAUAUAUUUGUUCAUUCCUUGUGGGAUUUGCAGUAUUGUCACAAACUUUUUUUUGGAAAAGAACAAAAAUUUAUGCGUAUGCAGAUGUCAUCAGUAUAUAAUCAAUUCAGUAUGUCCUUGAGUGAACUUGACUUGUCUUUCAAAUAUGUCUAAGAAGUUGUCAAUGUGGGAUGUAACAGCCAAUAUAUUGUACUGAGAGUUUUAUGUUUUCUUUUACAUGUAAAUACAAAGUAUUUUUUAAUUGAUGACUAUUUCAGGGGUCUUUGUUUAUCAAUAUAGGGAGUGGAAAAUUCAGUUGUUCUGCAUAUUAAUGUAUGUAAUAGUAAUUUCCAGGUUGAGAUCAUUGCUAGACCUUUGUGAAUCUGUCAACUUGCUAUAAGCUUAAACACAAGUUUUCUGUCAGCUUUUUAGAUGUAAAUAUCAUAUUACUUGAAAAACUUGUAGUUUUGUUGUGUACAAAAACGUGUGAUGCACUGGUGAUGUUGAUAAUCAAUGGUACUCAUUAAAACAACAAAAGAUUACA